AUGCGACUCGGACUCGCCAACCACUGUACUAUGCUAAAUCAAAAUCGAGCAAUAUUUUAUUUGAGAAGAUUCUUACAAGAAGACUUGCAAUUAACAGCAUUAGACGGAAUACUAAUAGACGUUAUUAUUAAAAUGUGUAAUCUUAUUUUGAAAAAUAACUACUUUUACUAUGACAAUAAUUAUUGCCAUCGAAUUAAAGGAGGCGCAAUGAAAUCAUCACUAACAUUAUCAUUAGCAAUUAUUUACAUGAAAUAUUGGGAAAAAGAUUUAGUCGAAUAUCAACAACCAGAAAAUCGUUUUGUACCUUUUCAGAUUAGUGAAUUCGUUUUCUAUCGUUUAACGUCACCAACACAAGCGAUAAUUAGACCAAAAUCACCUGAUGUAGUGGAAGAGAGUGAAACAGUGUGUUUAGAUCCAGUUACUAGCAUGAUUAGAUCUGUGCGCCGGUCGGAAAAUCGGCGGCGGCGUGUAACAGAAGUUUUUCGACCAGCGGCGGCGGCGGCGGAAUCUCAUUUAAAGAUUUUCCGCCGUCGGCGGCGGCUGCUAAAAGAAAACGUUCAAUCGGCGGCGGCGGCUGAAAGGUUAUUUAAAGAUUUUCAUCGUCAGCGGAGGGGUCAACCACAACCAAAUUUGAGUACAAAAAGCUUUAGUUUAAACCAAGAUCCAUUGUCAAGUUCAUCAAACUUUCAUUUUAUUUUCAAUCAAAAAUGUACAGUUCAAUCAAAAUCUAAAGUUCAAUUUUGUUUAACUAUUAUCGAAAAAACCAGUGAUUCCGCCUGUUUCUCAUGA